UCUGCAAAAAGGGUGCGCAGCACCAUCAUGGCUCACGAAAAAAGAAAGCCCACCACUGCAAAGGUGCCGGUGGCUAGACUACUGGCUACAUGUGUAGCCAGCAAUUGUUUCGAGGUCUGCCUCUAUCACUCUCGAGGCACAUCAUCCAUCAUCUCAAAGCCAGCUGCCAUAAAAUCGCUGGUUGGUCAGUGAUAAACGGCAAACUUUGAUCGAUCCACAAAGUCUUGUCGUCUUCCUUGCUGCUCGCUUUCCCCACGACACCAAGGACCACGAAAGCUGAACCGCUUCCGUGAAAGGCAACACACACGCAUUUACAAGCCCUCAUUCUUUCCCAAACCCAGAACGACCAUGAGCAUCCAAGACGGAAACUACGUUAUCGAGGUCUCUUCCGAUGAAGAAGGCUCUACUACUGAGUUGAAGCUCGACGAUGUCGGGGAUACUGCAUUUAAGAAUGCCUACUGCAAUCGAAAUCCCUUUACUUAUCACACUGAUGACGAAGACGAAGAAGCGAGUGUCGGCGACGACGACAUGGGCAAUGUACAGUUUCAUGUUGCCAAUGGACACGGAGAGCUGGUCCAGUUCCCCGAGGAAACCAGAGGAGAUACCUCUCACCUCUCAGAGAGUGAUGAAAAAUCUCUCGGCUCGGAUUCGUUAAGCUACAGUGGUUUUCCCUCGCGCGAUAAACUGGAAUACGAGGAGCAGGAGGAAAUGCCGCCACCACUCAAGAGAGGAGGUGGUCGCUCCGUGAUUGGCGCCGGUGUUGAGAGUAUCAAAUACAUAUUCUCCAUGGUACUUCUCGUUUUCUCCGUGAUCGUUGUUUCGGCUUCCAUCUUUGCCAGUCAAACUGUUGCCACGGCAGAGAGUGGAAUCCAUCCCAUUGCAGCCUUUGUCAUUUUCUGGUUCCUCAUUUGCUGGCUGGCAAUGAUGGAAGGAGGACAAGGCGCCUUGGUCGGUCUCCAACCUAUCGAACCUGAACUCUAUGAACAGACUCAUCACAAGGCGGCCAUGGUCGCAAGAUAUUCUCAAAAGGGAGACAACAUGGAACGCUUCAUUGUUGGAAGGCAGUUCUUGGUCGUCUUGGUGGUGUUUGUUAUGAACAUGAUGGCCUCGGCGACAGCGGAUGCGGAUGUCCUGGGUCUCUCUGGUGUCAUGAAAGAAAUCUUCCUCUCUACUGGGGUAUCCUUGAUGAUGGUUGCCAUUGUGAUUGGGCAGCUCACAGCCCAGGUCAAUGCGGCCAAUUGCAUGAUUGAUUUCAUCAACAACUACUUCAUGCUCUUCACUCUCUGGCUGUCUCUAAUGAUUGAGUUCUCAGGGCUCCUCCACUGUGUCUACUUGGUCCAGAUGAUUUUUGCCAAGAUUGCUGGGACGCCCAUUGAAACUGCUCCAAGGAAUCUCCUACAGACCAUCUUCUUCUGGGUGAGAGUUCUCCUAUCUCUUGUCAUCCUAGCUUUUGCCCUUGCUGUCACCCUUCAAGCUCUCUUUGAUGGAAAUACUGCCAUGUGGGAAGGUGUCCCUUCUGGAGUUUCCGUGGUAGUUCUGUUCCUUCUCAUGGCUUUUGUUGGUCUAAUGGAGGGCAUGCAGAUUGCUCUCUUUGCUGUUGUGAAUCUUCCAGAAGAAGAGCUUCAAAGGCAUCCUAGAGCUUUUGCCAACUGUCAGUUUACCUUUACGGGACAGAACCUCCAAGCCUUCCUGAUUGGUCGCCAAAUCUGUGCAACCAUUUGCAUGUUUGUGGUGGCUCGCAUUACCACGUUGGCUGUGCCUGCGGGUGAGCCCAACAUCUUUGAUGUCAAUGACGGACUCCAGCAAUUCUUUAAUACUGGUCUUCUUGGAGCUCUCAUCACCACUGUCCUUGCCUCCUUGGUUUGGCGUAUCAUUGCUUCCUCCUUCCCUGUUGCCUUCCUGUCAAACCCUGUGAUCUACUGGAUCAUUCGACUCUGCUUGCUGCUUGAGCAUUCUGGUGUCUGUUCCUCGGCCUGGGUUCUGGCCCGUUUCCACAAGCCCUUUGUUGGAUAUCAACCUGAUGAAGUGCACCUGGAUGGUGCUGAUCCUCACACAGCCGAGCCAGUGACCCGCCGUGACAAGGAUAUUGACCGCAUGUCUACAGUCUUCAAGUUUACCUAUUCUUUGGCGCUCCAUGGAUUUGCUGUCGUGCUGGUCAUCGCUGCUAUGUUUCAACAGCAGACUGCUGCCACUGCUGAUAUGGGUAUCCCCCCGAUUGCUGCUUUCGUCAUCUUCUGGUUUCUGAUUGCAUGGUUGGCUAUGAUGGAGGGUGGCCAAGGAGCACUAGUUGGCCUUCAGCCCAUUGAUCCAAAGAGGUAUGCCGGAAGCCACCCUAAAACCCUUAUGAGUACCAAAAUCAUUCACAACGGAGACAAUAUGGAGCGUUUUAUUGUCGGAAGGCAGUUUUUGGUUGUCCUGGUGGUCUUUGUGAUCAACAUGAUGGCUUCCGCAAUCAAGAACCCUUCCGUACUUGGACUUGGUGACUUGCUGACGGAAAUAUUUGUAAACUCUGGCCUAUCCCUCAUCCUUGUGACCAUCACAAUCGGCCAACUGACAGCCCAAGUUAAUGCGGCCAACUGUAUGCUUGAUUUCUUGAAUAACUACUUCAUGGUCUUCACCAGUUGGAUCUCCCUCGCCAUUGAGUUCUCUGGUCUACUACACUGUGUAUAUCUUGUUCAAAUUGUCUUCUCCAAGGUUACUGGUCAAGCCACAGAGGGCACAGAAAAGCCAAACAGUGCUCUGCAGUCCCUCUUCUUCUGGGCACGCGUUCUGGUGUCGCUUGCCAUCCUUGGGUUUUCAUUUGCAGUCAUCCUGAAGGCACUUUUCGAUGGAAACACUACAAUGUGGGAAGGUGUUCCUCAAGCAGUAUCCGUGGUCAUCUUCUUUGUCUUGAUGUUCUUUGUGGGCCUUAUGGAGGGCAUGCAGAUUGCCUUGUUCGCAGUCAUCAACAUGGAGGAGGAAGAGGUUCAAAACCAUUCAGUGGCACAUGCAAACUGCAAAUUGGUUUUUACGGGACAGAACUUGCAAGCAUUCUUGAUUGGCCGCCAAGUCUGUGUGACCAUAUGCAUGUUUGUGGUCGCCAGGAUCACUACACUUGCUGUACCCGCUGAUGAACCUAACAUCUUUGGAGUCAGCAAUGGCACUCAGGUGUUCUUUGACACUGGUCUCCUUGGGGCCUUGAUUACUACUGUUGUUGCGUCCCUUGUUUGGCGAAUCGUUGCAUCAUCAUUCCCACUUGCCUUCCUGUCGAAUCCACUGAUCUAUUUGAUCAUCCGCAUCUGCUUGGUUCUUGAAACGUCAGGGGUUUGCUCUGCAGCAUGGGUUCUUGGACGGUGGAACAAGCUAAUUGCUGGCUACCAGCCAGAUGAGGUCUAUCUCGAAGAUGCAGAGCCACACACAGAUGAACCAGUGACUCGUCGUGACAAGGAUGUCGAUGUGACUGUGACUGUCAUCAAGUAUGUCUACUCUACUGCCCUGUUGGUGUUCUCUGUGGUUGUUGUCAUGGCGGCUGUCUUCAGUGAGCAAACCCUGCUCAGUAAAGAAGCACAUCCUGCUGUUGCAUUCAUUGUACUUUGGGUGCUUGUGAUUUGGCUUGCCAUGAUGGAAGGAGGACAAGGUUGUUUGGUCGGUCUCCAGCCAGUAGACAAGACCUUGUAUAGCCACAGCCAUCCAACUGCUUUGAGGAGUACUGCACUGGCACACCGAGGAGACAACAUGGAACGUUUUAUUGUGGGCCGUCAGUUCCUUGUUGUCCUGGUUGUCUUUGUCAUCAACAUGUGCGGUGCUGCCCUGUCAGGUACUACGGUACUCAAUCUUCCAACGCUCGCAAAUGAAAUCUUUGUGGCUUCUGGUGUGGCAAUGAUGCUGAUGACCAUUGUCAUUGGGCAACUGACGGCCCAAGUGAAUGCAGCGAAUUGCAUGUUGGAUUUCAUCAACAAUUACUUCAUGGUCUUCACCACCCAUGCUUCAUUGGCUAUUGAGUUUUCGGGCCUUCUGCACAGUGUAUAUCUUGUCCAGAUGUUCUUUGGCCUGUGCACUGGCAAUGCAGGGGGGGAUGGAGGCGGAAGAAGUAAUGUUCAGAAGGCAUUCUUCUGGUCCCGAGUUCUCAUGUCUCUGGGUAUCCUUGGUCUCUCUUUUGCUGUCACACUCGAAGCCCUCUUUUCUGGCAAGACAGCAAUGUGGGAAGGCGUCCCCAAUGGAGUGUCCGUAGUUGUUUUCUUUGCAUUGAUGUGCUUUGUGGGGCUCAUGGAGGGCAUGCAGAUUGCAUUGUUUGCUGUCAUCAAUAUGCCAGAGGACAUGCUCCAGUCUUCAACAUUUGCCAACAAGACCUGUAAAUUAACCUUUGAGGGCAACAACCUUCAGGCUUUCUUGAUUGGGAGGCAAAUCUGUGUGACCAUUUGCAUGUUUGUUGUGGCUCGCAUCACAACCAUUGUUGUGGAAGAGGGAGAAAGUAACAUCUUCGGCAUCUCGAAUGGUCUUCAGGCGUUCCUCAACACUGGUCUACUUGGAGCCAUCAUUACAACUCUGGUGGCCUCUUUGGGCUGGCGCAUUGUGGCAUCAUCCUUCCCAGUUGCAUUCUUGUCCAAUCCAUUGGUCUACAUGAUCCUUCGGUUGUGUCUUUUGUUGGAGCACACAGGUGUCUGUUCAUCAGCUUGGUUGUUGGCCAUCAUUCAACGGGCUGUUCUAGGUUACAAGGUCGAUGAAGACUACAUUGGAACACCAGAAGAACGUGCCGCGGCCACCAAGACAGAUACCACUGAAGAAUACCUGCAAUCCAUCCAUGCAUAAUGUCCGAGACAAGUCGCUGUCUCUCGGUUUCACUCUUCCGACCUCCAGUUGGUUCCUGCCACCUUCCACGGGGAACACGUGCCUCUUCCGUGGGCAUCUUUCAUUCUCGGAUGGAUUGCGUUUGGGGAACAUCCGAUCUGCAGCAGCGAUGAGCACCGCGAUCUCAUGAUCGUUGGCUCAUCCACUUUAUGUACCGUAGCAAGUAGCAAUAUUUCAUAGAUAAAGAAUAUAGAAGAAAGCAUAAGCUGUAAACCACC